AUGGAGACGGCUAUCGACACCCCCUUGCCACGAGACUACACUGGCGAUGCUGCCGCAAAGGUUUUCGCAGUGCCCGAGCUGCUGGAAGAGAUCUUGCUGCAGGCUGUGGACGAUCAGUAUCCUCUCGGCCCCUUUAGAGACUGGGACCUGAAAAUGUGGCCGAUGCCAGCAUGCGGCUAUCUCUGGAAGGGCGGCAUCUGCCUGUACCGUAUUCAGCGGGUCAGCACAGCCUUCCGGCACACUAUACAAGGCUCAAACAAGCUCAAACAACUCAUGUUCCUUGCGCCACAGGACAACGCCGCGCUUAGCAUGGACUCCGACAGCCUUUUGCCGUUGCAUAAGCCUAUUCUUUCUCUCAUGAGCAUCAUGCGUCUUUCCGACGCCGAUCAUACCGUCGAAUUUGAUGAUUUCGAUGAAUUCGAGGUCGUUGAUGGCAUCGCGUCGCCGGCUUGGAAGAUGUUCAAAGAUCUCUUCAGCCCGCACAUAACGCCUUACGACCGUACUAUUGGAAGAUUGCGAAAAGGCUGGAGUAACCCUGAGGCAAGCUGGCGAAAAAUCAAAGUUUGCAACGCAAAGGUGCCCUCCCCUCUCAACUUGCGUCUCUUCUACGGUCCGUACCACGCGAACGACGAAAUACCGCCAUUCUCCAUCACUUUCGCUUUGGACAAAGACGACACGUUGGAGCAUCUCUUCAAUCUUUUCGAUGGCUUCAUGGCUACUCUGAGCCAGUACUACGCCAAGAAACACUCCAUGAACCUCGACCACGAAGAAGAGCAGCGUCUCCUGGAGCAGAAGCAGACAAAGGAGAGAGAUGAGCUGGCACAAGCCUUUGGUGAAGCGCUGAAGCACGGCAAAGGAGAGGUUGAGAAAACCAGAGAUCGAUCUUAG